UGGCACACAGAUGUAAACAGGUGCCAGACGUGUCCUCCUUCACGCCAGAGAGCAAAUAUUAGAGGGAUACACGUACAGUUUGGGCCGUAUUCCCAUUCAGCCAAAAUGUGAGGAGAGGCAAUCAACAGGUAGUGGGAGCGACCGGCCUUGAGAAGCAGUGAAGGCGGGGAGUCAUAUCUUGAACAAAGGCUAGCUGUUGAGACAUAAAAAUAAAGGUCAAAGUUAAAGGAAAGGCCCAUCGGAGAAGUGAUGCCUUGAGUGCCUCGGACUUUGGAGGGUUGACCAAUGGCUGUUUCAUGUCCUGUUAAUUGAAAGUCUCGUCAAGUGUAAGAACCAGAAUAGAAUAACCACCUUGCCCAAAUUUCCCCUCCCUCCUCCCUCCCUCUCCUUACCAACACCACAAGCGACAUAAAACUACCCUGUCUAUCCCCCCCUCAUCCCUUACCCCCACACCAUCAACACCAACACCAGAAUUAAUAUAACAUAACAGGCCCCUGAAGAGACCCUACCAGCGCUUACGACACCACCUAAAAAAAUAACAUAACAUUGCUAACUUCACCUACCACCACCACCACUACCACCAGACUCAAAGAAACACCGCAUACUCUCCCCUUGCUCCCCUUCGCACCCCUGUACCCGCCACCAUGUCCCCAGUGCGUCACCCCACCCUACGUUCACCCCACUCACUCAGACACUCGAGAACGUUCUGAGCGUAAAAUCGUAAGGGGAAAACGUGCCCUGAAGAUGUCGGGUCGUCCGCUGAGCCCCGAGGACCGCCGAGAGCUGGGCCGCCUCACCAAGAUACUGACGCAGAAGGUGGUCCAGGUGGUGAUCCAGAGCCGGCUUGGGGAGAAGGCGCACACGAGGUCAAAGUCGCCGGUGCAGGGUUCGGACUGGUUCAACCUUGGCAUUGAGGACAUCGGAGAGAUACAGCACGAGGCGAAGAAGAGUCUGGGCGGCCACCUCCCGGAGAAGGGCAAGCCGCUGGUGGUUGAGAUACUGCUGCGCACACCAACCAAUGACACCCUCGUCCUUGAGCUGUGGACGCUGACGGUGCUGGACGCGUGUGAUACGUCCCCGGCGCGCAUCAACCCGACGAUAUAUAACAGGAUGACGGUGCUGCUCAAGUCCCUCCUUUCGGUAACGCGCAUCACGCCCGCCUACAAGCUUGCGUUCCGACAGGGCCCGGACUCCUUCGUCAUCUGCUACCGAGUCUAUCUUGGCGACCCGGAGUUUGAGAUCCUUGGGGAAAAUUACGUCCACGCCAGGCUGGGUCAGGUCACCACCCCGGAGUCCACCUUGCUGCUGAGCGUGGCGUAUCGUACCCAGAUCACCCUCGCGCCCCCUGUUCGCAGCCCUGUUCACGACCCCAUCAUGGUGAAGAGCGAUCAUUUUAAGCCCGAGAUCUCGCCCCGGCACUGCAGAAGAGGGGGCGACAGAGGGACGGACAGCUCUGAGGCGACACAGACCUCCGAUGAGAGUCAGGACGCUGGACGGCUCUUCACCACCUCCCCCCCUGACCACCCCUCCACCCCACGCUCCAGAACAAGCAGUGAGAGCAGCUGCCGAGGACACACCCAGCAGCCUGAGCGCAAGGUGUCUGUGGCCUUUGUUGACGCCAAGCCACCCAAACCUGACGACUUCUUCCUGCCCGACAUCCCAUUCUCCAACCUCCUCACCUCCACCAUGGAAGUCAAGGGGGAUAGAGAGGCCGCCACCACCACCGCCACCACAGCCGCCGCGCCACAGUCUCAGGAGAAGCCGAGUGGAGGUGUCGCCCCAGCGGAGGGAGGAGAGAAAGUGGCCAUGACAGGCUCGGACACAUCGCACAAAUCCACAGCCUCGGCGCAGCUCAAGGAGGAGGCAGAUUUUGUUAUGGUGGAGCUGAAAACCCCCUUCGCUGGGACGCAGGACGCAGGGAACGACCUUGGCACCUUUUACCGUGAGUGCCAGAGUGCCCCACAGCUACGCAUGUUCGCCGACACCCCAGAGGACGAGAUAAGCGACCUUGCCGAGCAGUUACUAACCUUUGAGGGGUACGUGGACGACUAUAAUGAGUUGGUCCGCUCCCUGCACUCUGAGGAAAGCCCGGGAAGCUCUCAGUAAAGGAAAUAAUGGGUUGGUAAAGGCAGUGGUGUGUUUACGCGUCUUGUUAAUGGCAGCGAG